AGGCUUAUAUUGGUGUCUCCCAUUUCUCAGCAUCACUCGCCAUCCUCCAGCAGCACCGCUUCCCCCUGCCGCCAUAUGGACGUGCAGCCCGUCAGCGCCCCAGACCUGUGAGUGGCCGCCCGUCACCCAGCACCUGCCACCAUGUCCAGGGACAGCGUCCAGAUCCCAGAUGACCGGGACUUCCAGAACUUCAGGACGGAGUGCCACUCGGAGGCCGGAUGGACUCUGACCUAUAACAAGUCGGGCAUCACAGUGUGGGUGCAGAUCCUGGAGGAGGAGCGGGCACUGCACAAGAUCAAGUGCCGGAUGGAAUGUAAAGAUAUUUCCGCUGAGGUUCUCUAUGAUGUUCUACAUGACGUGGAAUACCGUAAGAAGUGGGACACCAACGUCAUCGAGACCUUUGAUAUUGGGAAACUGACAGUCAAUGCGGACAUCGGAUAUUACGCAUGGAAAUGUCCGAAACCACUAAAGAAUCGUGAUGUCAUCACCCUGCGCUCCUGGCUGCCAAUGGGGAAAGAUUACAUCAUCAUGAACUACUCUGUGAAGCAUGCGAAAUUUCCCCCCAAAAAGGACCUGGUGAGAGCGGUGUCCAUACAGACUGGCUACCUCAUCCAGGGAGGGGGCCCCACCAACUGCACCCUAAUCUAUCUGGCCCAGGUGGACCCUAGAGGUUCCUUGCCUAAGUGGGUGGUGAACAAGUCUUCACAAUUUCUGGCACCAAAGGCCAUGAAGAAGAUGUAUAAGGCCUGCGUGAAGUAUCCAGACUGGAAGAAGAAGCAUAACCCCCAACAUAAACCCUGGCUGUACCCCGAGCAGAGCGUCCUCCCCCCCAUCAGCCUCUCGGAGGUGUCCGUCCAGCACGCCGACUCCCUGGAGAACAUAGACGAGAGCUCGGUGGCAGAGACCAAGGAUGACCGGGGGGACGGCAGCGACGAGGACAGCGUCAACUGACCCCGCGGACCCUCACCAGACUCUUAUACCAUUAUGGGGGGACCCUGAUGGCCCCAACUUUACGGAUGUAGAGUGAAUGGAGAAUGACCAGGUGGGGGAGGGGUAGUAGGUUUUAAAGGGGGAAGAAUUAAUUUUUUUUUAUACCGAGUACAAAGGUGAUAGGUUGUAUUGUAUCUUGUUCCUUUUGUGUCAAUGACUACUUCACCGGGAGAGAGCAGACGAUGAUGAUGAGGGCGCCGAACCGGUCACAUGAUCAUCACCAUGACAUCUCGUCACCCUGUAACACUGUAACGAGCCUCCAGAAGUGGGCAGUGUCCGCCUACGUUUUAUCCGAAUGUCAUGUUCCAGUUGUAUCUUAUACGUCAUUGCGUUCGUCGGAGAUGACUGUGCUCCGUGUAGACGAGAGGAUGAAGCGGUACGUGACGGGCAGGCGGCUGGCACUGGGGGGUUGGGGGGGGGGGU